UACAAAUUUCUAAUCCGAUAAUCGGAAAAACAUUUACCGCCAAUUUCUCUCUCUAUCUCUUUCAUCUGCUCGGCUGUGAAGCUUUCACACACACGUGAAGUGUGAGAGGGAGGAUGUUGGGGAGGGUAAGGGCAUGCUCCUUGAGCUCUCUGGAAGUGCUAGAAAUGGAGAGGACUCCGAAGCUUCUCAAAGACGAUUCUCUCUCAAUCUAUGAGAAGACACUGUUGAAGCUACAACAAGGUUCUAAGCGAAAUCUAAGUUUAAUUCCUGAGGAAUCUAUGAAGACAGAUGAUACAAGUCCAUCAAUGGCUACUAAUGAAGCUGCAUUGGUGGCAGUAAAUGGUUCUGAUUAUGGUUCCACAGACUCUUCUGAUAACCAAUCCAUGAUCAUCGCAAAAGAGGAACCUCGUGGGAAUUUAUCGGUUGUUUACUUGUUUUCUAGAUACAAGACGUCUCGAAAUGACAAUAUAAGCUCAUCUGAUGACAGUGCAAUGACAAUGGCAAUGGCAAUGGAGGAUGAUUACUCUUCUACAAAUACAUCGCCAGGACUUCAACAGGAAUGUAUAAUUGAUUCACUAUCUCCUAAUUGAAUAUAAAUCUGAAUUUGAGCUUAUGAUACAAAGACUGUCUUAUUGUUAUUUAUUUGUAAUCCUAUUGUUGUUCAAUUCAAAGCAAAUGCCAAUCUUUUAGGGUGCAUUUGGUAUACAUAUAUGAUUGGAUGCAUGAGACUGUAGGAGGCCGGUAUAAGAAUUAUUGAGAUUUUAAGGUUUUAAU